AUGUCACAACGAAUCCGUAAAAAGGCCGUCUUUGUGGGCGAUCGUGGAGUCGGGAAAACUGCACUCAUCUAUCAUAUUCACCGUGGAACGUAUCUAUACAGUUUCGCUCCUGUCGUCCAUGAAACUCUCGUCGCCGACGUAACUGUCGACGGGAAAGAGUUUGAGAUUGCCACCUGGGAUUGCCCUGUGGCUUCCGAGUACGAGCGAUUGCGACCACUCAGUUAUCCUUCGACAGACGUCUUGGUCUUGUGCUUCUCAGUGGAUCAACCGGACAGUUUGAGGAGCCUGAGAGAAAUGGUUGCCAGAGGUAUUGCAUUUUUGCGACGACGUAUACCCAGCAUUCCUCGUCGUCGGGUGCCGCACUGA